CAAUGAAUGGCUAUGGAAAAUGCCUCCUCUGUGACUGAGUUUAUCCUUAUGGGAUUCACAGACCAACCUGAACUCCAACUGCUCUUGUUUUUCCUGUUUCUGGUGAACUACAUGGUCACUGUGGUAGGCAGUUUGUGCUUGAUGAAUCUAAUUUGUCUAAAUUCACACCUUCACACCCGCAUGUAUUUUUUCCUCUUUAAUCUGUCCUUUAUUGAUCUCUGUUACUCAUGUGUCUUUACCCCCAAAAUGCUAAUGAGAUUUAUUUCAGAGAAGAACAUCAUCUCCUUUACAGGAUGCAUGUCUCAGCUAUUUUUCUUCUGCUUUUUUGUCAACUCUGAGUGCUAUGUGUAGACAGCCAUGGCCUGUGAUCACUAUGUGUCCAUCUGUAAGCCAUUGCUGUACACAGUCACCAUGUCCCCUCAGGUCUGUUCUCUGCUGAUGUCUGGUUCAUAUGUGAUGGGGUUUGCCAGUGCCGUGGUCCACACAGGGUAUAUGAUCAGGCUGGUCUUUUGUGAUUCCAACAUCAUCAACCAUUAUCUGUGUGACAUCUUCCACCUCCUCCAGCUCUCCUGCAGCAGCACCUAUGCCAAUGAGCUUGUGGUUUCUGUUGUUGUGGGCACAGUUGUCAUGGUAUCUAGCUUCAUUAUCUCUGUUUCUUGUACCUUGAUUCUUUUCAAUAUCCUUCACAUACCAUCAGAUAAAGGUUGGUCCAAAGCCUUCAGCAGUGGCUCCCACAUAAUCACAGUUGGUCUAUUCUAUAGAUUUGGGCUACUCAUUCAUGUCAAGCCAUCAUUUGCUGGGUCUGUGGGUCAGGGGAAAUUUUUCUCAGUGUUUUACGCCAAUGUAGUACCCAUGUUGAAUCUUCCCAUUUAUAGCCUCAGGAACAAGGAUGUCAAAAUUGCUCUGAAGAAAACCCUGAAGAGAAAUACAAACUGA